CAAACGUUAUGCGGGACCAGAUGGCGUUUUGGUGAUACCAACGCACGUUCGAGACGUUAUCAUUUCUGAGACCGAAAACCAAUAUGAGGCUCUCAUGGAGGCCAAGAUUAGGCUAGUCAUGCCUUCCGAGAAAGUUCGCCUGCAGCAGCGUUUCAAGGACCUGAAUUUAGGCGACAAACUACCCUCAGCCCUUCUACAGAAGCUGCAAGAGCCGCUUGGUUCAUCAAUCCUGGAUGAUACUUUACUCCGCGAACUAUGCCCACCACGGCUACCGGAAAACGUUCUAACACCUUAGUGGUGAACAUUUUUGAAUUAUGUGGUACUGCAGUUUUCACUCAGUUCAAGGCGUCAACGGUCAGCCAGCAUGUAGUGAUGGUUUCCGUGAUUAAUCCCUUUGCAUUAUGUCUGACCGUCUAUCCAGAUUAGAAGCUGCUGCCGCGAACAUUCGCAGGAUACCACAACCCUUUCAACCAACAUUGACUGGUCCCACAGCUGUGCGGAAAAUAUACCAUAAGCAAGAUGAUGCCCUACGUUUCGCGGAGCUAUUCGGAUCAGAAAUGUGUGUUUUCAGUUAUGAGAGUUCAUUGUUGGGCUAUGAUGGACAGCGGCUUUUUCUUGCUUCUGGAGUAGAGUCUUUCUUCCAUUAUUAUCGGCAAAUGGAUCCAUCCAAUCGCUGUCACUACGAAGUUAUUCCCACUUAUCGUCCGGCAAAACUCUACUUGGAUCUGGAGUUUUCCGUUUCUGCGAACCCUAAUAAGGACGGCAGAGAAGCAGUGGGCAUAUUUUUGAAAGCCGUUCUCCGCGCGCUACAUCACAUUUAUGGUAUCACUGUGUCUCCUGCGGAAAUGAUUUUUUUAGAUGCUAGUACAAUGAAGAAAUUCAGUCAACACGUUGUGUUCAGCUCACCUGCUACCGUGUUUGAGAAUAAUCUAGUUCAAGGUCAGUUUAUCCCUCUCGUGUGUCAGGCUCUGUCAAUUUUGGCUUCUGAAGAGUCCAUUGGAAGCAACUUUUCCGGUACUGCGCUGCUGUGCCACGUCUGUAAUAAAUUUGCGGAGGACCUGGCCGCGAUGCUGUUUUCCACAGAUGGGAUAACCCCAACAGAUGCCAAAUGUUGUCUCGUCCACACAGUCGAAGGUGAUCCUCCGCGUAGUAUUUGCGAUACCGGCGUCUACACUCGUAAUCGCAAUUUUCGUCUCGCGGGUUCGCGCAAGUUGACCGGAACGAGUGUUUUGUGGCCUUUGGAUCGGAACCGCGAUGAGCCGUUGGACAGCGUGUGGCCAACUUGGUCAGAAUGGGCGCGAACGCUUGUUACAUCACACCAGUUUUGUCCAUCCAAACUAAUCGGCCCUCCAUUGAGCGACUGUACGUGUUCGCUUUUAUCUCGUCAACCCCCACGUUUUGCUCGUGACUUGUAUUCUGGACUGGUCGACGUAAACUCCUCAUGUAUACCAGCGCACUGCUUACCUAUCGCACUCCGGAGCUUCAUCUUUUCCAUCCUAUUCAACUGGUACACUCGUGACAAGAGGAAUGCUUGUCUUCAUGACAAUGUAAAAUUCGCAACAAAGGUUUGGAAGCUUUUUGGACGUGAUUUGCGGUGUUUCGGCGUCACUGUUGAUGGAAUGCGCUUCUGUGAGCGUAUUGAUCGCCAGCACAGGAGCAACCACGUGAUCCUUGUUUUUGAUUUGGACGGAGGCUGUUUUUAUCAGAAGUGCCUGGAUCCAGACUGUCGCGCUGUCAACUUCCGAUCCCAAUCUUGGCCGAUACCCAGAGAUCUGUGCAGUUUGGCACCAACCAACACAAGACUUCAUGAUACCGCAUCACAUAAUUCAUUCCAUGUUCCAGAUGUAACAGAUGAUGACCUGUUCCUUGCUGGCAUUAUGGAUGCUAUUGAUAUAGAUUUCAGUGAGCAAUUUUGAUCAAGCGACUGAGCUUUUCUUUUCUCCAUUCAUCCAUGUCGUUUUGCACCUCUAUUUCUUUUGGACAUACAUGUUUUCCGUUCCAUCCCAGUGUAUGUCUCAUUUUGUCAUUCAAUCUGUAUAACACAUUCGCAUUCCUACUACUAUGGACUCGGCACGCGUAGUAUUGCAACAGUUUCUAGUCAAUUGUAAAACCCCAACCUCAUCUUACCAUGGAAUCAGCCGACCGGGUAGUAGACACUUUUGAUUCGGAUUUCGUGCCCUUCUCAAAAUGCUUCUAUCUAAAUUUGAUCUCUGAUUCACAGCUUUUUGUACAACUGCCAGCGAAAUUUGUCCACUAGUGCUUAGUUAUAUUUUCGAUAGAAGCCAUUAAAUUUACACUAUGAAUUCGAAGCGCCCGCACAUCGGCCACUUGCUGUUGUUAAGUGAUGCGUAACUAAACACUGAUAUCGACAUGCUUGUUGUGCAGAGGAGCAUGUCACGUGGCCCUUCAUGCGUCAAGAACAAAGUCUAGGUCGUGACCGAAAAUAUAUUCGCUACCUUAAUGUUACGUAUGCACUUGGGUAUCGAUUCUUGAACACAGACACUCGCCACUGUAACACAGGAGUCUUUUAGUAAAUCGGUUCCAUACUA